GCUGGAGUCAUGGCUGCUUACAUUGUUUUAGGCUAGUUAGCCUUUCGUUGUUUAUUAAUUUGAAUAAUAUUGGAACCAAUACCUCGAACAUUCUGCACUUAGUUAUUAUAUCGCUAACCAUUUGCCGACCCACAUCAACCAGCUCGUUAUGUCAAAGGGUUUUUGUACCUCAUUAUUUUGCUAUUAGCUAGCUAGCUGGCUAUACAGAACUGUUGGCUAGCCUAGCCAGCAAACGAUAGCCGAUUCAGGUAACGUUCGCUGGCUGAUUUGCCAGCCGAAGAUUGCGUAUUAUUGUAUUGCUAUCCCUCGUGUCUGCACAUUAUUGCAAAGUCAGGGGCUUCUAUUAAUAAUUUUGAGUCUCAAUGCCCGAGCAAGGCCCUAGGAUGAAUGGUUUCUCCCUCGGCGAACUAUGCUGGCUGUUCUGCUGCCCGCCCUGUCCAAGUCGUAUCGCAGCUAAGUUAGCAUUUCUCCCACCGGAGCCCACAUACUCCGUGCACACUGAUGCAAAUGGGACGACAAGCCUUCAUUUAACCGAACGUGCUGAUUGGCAAUAUUCCCAACGUGAAUUGGAUGCAGUCGAGGUAUUCAACACCCGGACGAGUAGAGGGAACCGGGUUGGGUGCAUGUUCGUCCGAUGUGCUCCAAACAGUCGGUAUACUUUACUAUUUUCCCACGGCAACGCGGUUGACCUGGGUCAGAUGUGCAGCUUCUACAUUGGCCUAGGCUCGAGAAUCAACUGCAAUGUAUUCUCCUACGAUUACUCUGGUUAUGGCGUGAGCAGUGGGAAACCAUCAGAGAAGAAUCUUUAUGCCGAUAUCGAAGCGGCCUGGCAAGUUCUCAGGAACAAGUAUGGCGUGACGCCAGAGAACAUCAUCCUUUACGGCCAGAGCAUUGGCACGGUGCCCACGGUGGACCUGGCGUCCCGCUACGAAUGUGCUGCCGUCAUCCUGCACUCCCCCCUCAUGUCCGGCCUGCGCGUUGCCUUCCCCGACACCCGCAAGACUUACUGCUUUGAUGCCUUCCCCAGUAUUGACAAGGUGUCCAAGGUGGCAUCUCCUGUGCUGGUCAUUCACGGCACGGAGGACGAGGUCAUCGACUUCUCGCACGGCCUGGCCAUUUACGAGCGCUGCCCUCGCGCCGUGGAGCCUCUGUGGGUGGAGGGCGCUGGCCACAACGACAUCGAGCUCUACGCUCAAUACCUGGAGCGACUCAAGCAGUUCAUCUCCUUUGAGCUGCCCGCCUCCUGAAGACCCUCGCUGCCAUCCACCGCCCAUGCACCCCCCACCCCACCACCACCACCCCUCCCCCCACCAACACACACCUCAGCCCCCUACACACGCACACACAAACACAAACACACACCUCCCCCUCCCCCAGCCCAUGUUCAGCCAGUAGACCCCAACGCACAUAUUUGAUCUGGUCCUCUGCGAAAAGGGAGUUGGAGGAUCCGAUCGGUAUUUUGCACUUGCUACCGAAAGCUGAACAUUUUCCCAGCCUCUUGAAGAUAUGUUCACUGAUUGCCCACUUUGUCUCUGUUGGGGUUGAGACUGGAUGGGGGAGGGGAGGAGAAUACAUUUUAAAUAAUUUUGAAGUGACUUUGUAUUCUUUUUUUAUAUACCUGACAAAGAACACUGACAUUUUUUGCACCUCACUUGCGUAUUAAAUGUUUUGUUGUAUCAUUUUCUCUCCCUUUUGACUGAUUUUGUUGACUACCCAUGUAGGGUAAACGGAUGCACUUUUUUUUGUGCUGAAAUUUUCAGGUGAUUGCUCUUUUUAUGUUCUGAUGUGUUUUUUUUUUUUUUUUCCAUUUGUUGAUUUUCUUGGCAUUCCAUUUUAAUUUCCUUGCAGAAAAUGAUAGGAAUUCAGUGUUUCUUGUUUUUUUUUAACUGACAUGGCCAGUGUGUGGUGUGUAUGUGGUAUGACUACACUACCCAGGGAACACUCCUCAAUGAGAAUCUUAAGCUGUGCUGACAACUGGAACACCUGCGGAAAUGGCUCCUGAUUGAAGUAUCACCAUGUACUGUGGGCUUGGUAGGGUUACGGGAACGGGGUUUUAGGGGGAUCGGGAGGGUAAUCUUUUGGGGGUUUGAGCUCUGAGACAUGAUGCUUCGUUUAACUGCGGCAAUCAGGGCUCUCUAUCUGGGCAUGUGCUAUGUGUCGCCUCCAAAUAAUUCAUGACAUGAUAUGUGUACAAGUCAGUGUGGAACCAUGUUUAUUUUUUUUUAUUUUUUUCAUUUUUUUCAUUUUUAUUUUUUUUUUUGGGGGGGGGGGGUGGUCGAUAAGGAUUGACACUACAUCAAAAGCCUUAUGUCCUUUGACAUUCUGCUCCAACAUUCCUUUUAAUAAAAUCUAGGAUGUGGGGUUUCCAUGAUCUUUUUGAGAAGGGGUACUGCUAGCUGCUAUUUGUUGGAUAAAUCACUGUGAAACCGGACUUUGCUCCACCAAGGUACAGGACUAAAUACUGACCACAUAGAGCCAUCUCUCAGCUGCUGCAGUUUUUUGCUGAAUCCUCAACAUCUAAUUCACUCCCCUUAAAAACGCUGAACCUCUUCUCAGUUAUGGAGGUCCUGCUUUAGCUACGGGACUACUUGGCAUUUUUAAAUGUAUAGCUGUCUGGUGAAUAACAGGGCCAUCACCACGUUUCAGAUUUUUUUUUUCUUUUUUUUUUUUGCAACUGCUGAUUGUCCGCUGAAGGGGGGGAAUCCUCAACAAGAGGAGAAAUGACUGUUAUUAGGUUGUCAUCAAUGCUGGAUAUGACAUUUGAAGGAUUAAGGGUUUACUUUAUUUUAUUUUUUUUUUCUUGGAAAGGAAUUUGUGGUUGGUAAAAUUUCACUUCAUUAUCGUGUUGCUGUAAGGUGAUGUCCAAGGGGGGGAGGGGGUGCUGAUUUGACUAUUGUGUCAUGGAAUGUUGUUGUCGUUCUCUUGUCAUGAUUGAAGUGGUCUGAUGAUGGAAGAAAUGAGCCCUCCUAGUCUAUUAUAUUGCUCCUUAAUGUUUUUUUGUUUUUUUAAAAAAUAUACCUUUUUAGGGAAUGACUGAAGAUGAAUCAAAUGGAGCCCUGUUGUUGCUUUUGAUACUGAUGUUUUUACAGUGUUUCCAGUAACUGAAUCUAUUUACACCUCUUUAAAUGCUGGUUUGUAAGAUAAUUAACUAUACACCUAUCUCAUCUAUAGACAUGUAAUACAUGAAUAAUGGUAUAUAGCCUUCUUGAUUUUUUUGACACUGGAAUAACUGUAUGCAACUAUAAUGCAGAAAACCUAGGUGGUACAAAAUGUUGUUAGUGUAAGUUUUGACUAUAAAAAUCAAAAAGCCUUAAAUGUGCCGUGAGACAGAUUAAUGUUCUUCAUGUUGGCUUUUGCUGCCUCAAAGCAGCAACAAUGGAUGUCGUCUUGCUCAUAAGGAAUAAAGGAUGCAUGGAAUCUCA